AUGGCAAUUGCAGACAUGGUUGGUUCUACUUCAACUUCCAUCCCCGCCUCAACGUCAAAAGCGAAGCCAAAACCAGAAAGACUCCCCAUAACCGUCGAGAAACCUACACCCUACACCUUCGACCUGGGCCACCUUCUCGCCCUAGACCCAAACCCACUCAUUCUCUCAAACGACACAUCCUUAAACGCAGCCCUAACUGCCACAGCCCGCGAUGGCGCCCAAUCCCUCCUCAACCAGCUCUUAACAACCUGCACCAUAACCUCCACGACGCGGGACGGCAUCCUCCUCUCUCUUCCCCCUCGCACCACCCUCCUACCCCGCUUCAAACCGCUCCCGGCUCCCAAGCAGCCGACGAAAUGGGAGCUCUUCGCUCGCAAGAAGGGGAUUGGCAAAUAUAAUAAGAAACUCGGUUCAGGCGGCGGUAGUGCGGAGGCGGAGCGGAGGAAGAAGCUAGUCUACGAUGAAGCUAGCGGCGAGUGGGUACCGAGGUGGGGCUAUAAGGGCAAGAACAAAGGCGGGGAGAAUGACUGGCUUGUGGAGGUGGAUGAGAAGGUGUGGAAGAAGGAGGAAGGGUUGAGCUUGGAUGUGGAGUCUACUGUCGCCUUUCAGUCAUAUCUCCAAGGCAGCUUGGCGUUUCUCAUGCUUUGUUGCGUCUAUGUGAGACUAGUCCUCGCAAAACGGUAA